CCAGGCACCCUCAAAUGCUAGGGAGUGCGCUGCUACUACUAUUUGCAAAAUGCAAAUUAAAAUGGUACUAAAUCCAGGACCCUGCAUCUACUAUAUCUGGUCUCCCACAAUACACACAACAUGGAAAUGCAAUUAUUUCUGUAUUUAUAAAUUGCUCAAUACCUUUUCUCAUCAUCAGUUAGAGCAAUCUUGUGACUUCAGCAGAGCACUGGUUAAAGCCUGUAGGAGGAGUUUUCUUUCUGCUCUAGGAGGAUGCAAAAUCCCU